AAUGGGAGCUAGAAGUAGGACCUGUUCCUUUCAGUUUAUCAAAACAAAGUUUUAGAUUGAUCGGCAAAGCGAUUUAUUAUUAGUUCGUUACUGCUAUGUGUUGUUCGUUUUACGAUCGAAUAAACGGUUACCCGGUUUAACGGUUGAGUUUAGUAUUCCGGUAGCUGUGGUUAACCUCUGUAUAAAAAUGGAAUUCUCUAGUCCUAUUGGGUGCAAAACAGAGAAAACUACUAAUCGAAGCGAUGAAAAUAGCUGUGUUAGUGUAAUUGGGGAAACACUACUUUCAUUCAUUGAUGAGACCAGCUGUGCCAGUACCGUAAAUGAGGAAAACCCACGUUCAUUCAUUGAUGAGACCAGCUGUGCCAGUAGUUUAAUUGAGGAGAAACCACUUUCAUUCAUUGAUGAGACCAGCUGUACCAAUGUGAUUGAUGGAACACCUUAUCCAUUCGGCAAGAGAAACAGCCUUGUCUGUUGCCACUGCAAUCUUAGUUUUCUCAACUACACAGAACUAGUACUACAUAGAAGAUCACAUUUCUCUCACAAGUCCUAUUUUUCAGUCUUGAAUCAAAAUAUUCAAUCUCCAUCCGAUAUAGACGGAGACGAUUCGAAAAUUACACUAUGCAAUGAUUCUGAAGUAACUAAAACUUCCUACGACGAACCUUUUGUCAGCACUAGUAAUGUUGUGAAUAAAACAGAUCAGUUUUUUGUGAGAAUGGAAGGAGAAAACGGUAAUGAACAAAUAUUUGCGUUUGAAACUUUUGAACAACCAUUGGAGAGAUUGAGUGCAAACUGUGAUAUAAUCAUCAAUGAGACAGAAACUCUUAGUCUAGACAAUAUAACCCACAGGCCUCAACGCUCACGAAGGGAACAUUUUGCUGAAUCCACUUUGAAUUAUGUUGCUAAUACUCCAACAGCUAAGAGUUUUCUAUCCAAGUGCAAAGUAACCAGCAGAAAGUUACCGAGAGAUCGCCAACUGCUCUAUCCAGAAAAAUACCUCAAGAAUUUGUCAAGCAAGAGCAGAGUUCAGCGUACAAAUAGAAAAUCUUCCCAGAAAUCAAGUUCUAAUAAGAAAGAUGGAUCCAGCAUUAUUACUCAAAAUACUGAGGACAAAAUGAAUUAUACCAACUACACAGAAACAAUGUCUCUUGAGGAAGAAACUAAUGAUACUAACAGCAACAAAACAAUUUCUUUUGAUGAGGAAAUUAAUGAUAUUAACUGCAUAAAGCCAACGUCUCUUGAGAAGCAAAUCAAUAACACUAAAUACACAGGAUCAAUGUCUCUCGAGGAGCAAAUAAAUAACACUAAAUACACAGAAUUAAUGUCUCUUGAGGAGCAAAUAAAUAACACUAAAUACACAGAACCAAUGUCUCUUGAGGAGGAAUUUCAUAAUUUUGAAACAUCUACAAAUGAAACCGCUAAUGUACCUGUAUCUGUCGAUGAGACUUGUAUUAAUGCAGCUACGACUGUACAUCUUACCGGAAGCCAAUUUAACAGAAGUUCCAAAAAAUCCAAUUCAGACAGUGAAGGAAUAUCGUUCACGUGCAUAAAUGCCAUAAGUACUCCUAAAUUGGUCGAUGAGGAGUCCAAUAGACAACGAUUGAUUGAUCUCAAUAGAAGUUCCCAUUUUUCUGAUGAAUCGUCGUACGAGAACAGACGUCAACUUCUAGAAGAUUCGAAUACAGUAGUUAUUGACGAUAGCAAUGGAUACGACUUCAACGAGUCGACGAGUCAACUAAUAAACGAGUCGACGAGUCAACUAAUCAACGAGUCGACGAGUCAACUAAUAAACGAGUCGACCAGUCAACAAAUAAACGAGUCGACGCGUGAACGAAUCAACAAGUCGACGAGUGAACGAAUCAACAAGUCGACGAGUCAACGAAUCAACGAGUGGAUGAGUCAAACAAUCAACGAGUCGACGAGUGAACAAAUCAACGAUUCGACUAGUGAACGAAUCGACGAAUGUAUGAGUAAAAACGUCAACGAGUUUCUCUAUGAAUCAUUUUCAAGCCAAGACUUACUUGAGAGGUCAUCCGGGAACAGUUCACAUCUUCUCGAUUAUGGAUGUUUGGAUUCAAUGGUUAUUGGAGACAGCGAUAUAGAUACUAACUUCUCAAACAAUCAGCAUAGAAGUUCAUCAGCGACUAAUAGGUCUACAGAACAAGUUUCGGACGCUCAGGAGUAUCCUAGUGAGCUUGAUCUGGCUGUUGGAGGAAACAUUACAGGAAGUAGUAGUUUACAAAGUGAUUCCUCUCCAGAUUUCAAACUACGAAAAAUGUCAAUCUUGGAAGAAAUAGAAGCGCGAAUAAUGAAUCAGUUGGUUGCUGAAAAUUCCCAAACACAGGAAAAUGUUGACAGUAGCGACAGUGAAAAUGAGGAGAAAUUUCAGCAUCUCAUUUCAAAACAGGAAAAUGUUGACAGUGGCGAUAGUGAAAAUGAGGAGAAAUUCCAGCAUCUCAUUUCAACACAGGAUAAUCUUGACAGUGGCGAUAGUGAAAAUGAGGAGAAAUUCCAGCAUCUCAUUUCAACACAGGAUAAUUUUGACAGUGGCGAUAGUGAAAAUGAGGAGAUAUUCCAGCAUCUCAUUUCAACACAGGAUAAUCUUGACAGUAGCGAUAGUGAAAGUGUGGAGAAAUGUCAGCAUCCUACUGAUUGGCUACGUCAAGAACAUAGGCGAGUGAUCGCAAACUGGUGCAAAGGUGAGGAAUCAACUGAAUUCAAGUGUCGCUAUUGCGAGCAAGUAUGUGAGUCACAUGAUCAGUUAUGUCUUCACGUUCAUUUCAAACACUUGAUGACACUGUAAUGGUUGGAAAAGGCUAUGAUAAGGGUUGGGAAAUAAGAAUAAUAUAUACGUAAUUGGCUCUGUUGAUGGUGAAUACAAUAAUGGACAACGGUGAUGGUUGGAAAUUAUUGAAUAAUGCUAGAAAAUAUUUACGUGAUUAGCUCUGGUAAUGGUUGAAAACUAUUUAUAAAUGCUAGAAGAAAAUCUAUUUACAAAAUUUACUCCCGGUUGCACAAGUCUACAAAAUUUUAACCGUGAUUAAAUUAAGGUUGAAUAUGGGUUUAAAUAUAGUGUUUGAAUAAAACUUAAUUGAGGUUGAUCAAAUUAAAAUUGAAUUUAUGGGUUUGAAUAUAGUGUUUGAAUAAACCUUAUUUAAGGUUUAUCUCGUUGCUACGAGAAAAACGGAAAUAUUCAAGUUUUACAGUUGAAUAUUGUGUGAUAAAACAGAUUUCAAUUUGUACAAAUCUUAUAAUAGUUGAAGUUUUACUCAGUAGAGCUAACUCACUAAGGCCCGGUUGCAUGAAAGCAGGUUAAAUUUUAAUCUUGAUUAAUUUCACGGGAAACAAUCAGAGAAGGCUUUUUCGAAAAGAAAUCAGCUUCUCUGAUUGGUUCUCGUUGAAUUAAUCAAGAUUAAAAUUUAACCGGCUGUUAAUUGGUAAACAUUUUAGAACUACCAAAACCAUAUAUUAACGUAUCUUACUGAAUAGCCAAAAAAUACGAUGGUUUGUAUUUUGGAGCAAUUAUAUAAUUUGUUUAUAGUACUUGGGAUGCCGGAUAAAAAAAGCUCCAGACCCAAAGAGAGUGAAGUUUCGUUGGUCCUAUAGCAGGUUUUUUGGAUAACAUAUUUAAAUUUAAUUUUCAGUAUAAUUAUUCUCUUCCGCAUUCCUUCUCACUCUUUAUACAACUCUUCUGUGUAAUAAUGAA